CGAGAGCCGGAAGCACGGUCCUCCGUGGUCGGCGGAGGGCUCGGCUGAUCCCCGGGUUCGUUUCCCGCGUUGCCAUGGGCAAGAAGGACCGCGGAGACCGCGACAGGAAGAAAUCCAAGAAGCGGCACUAUGAGGAGGAAGAGGAGGAGGAAGAUGACGGCCCUGGAAACGACCCUCAGGAGGCGGUGCCCUCCGCGGCCGGCAAGCAGGUGGACGAGUCGGGCACCAAAGUGGACGAGUAUGGGGCCAAGGACUACCGGCUGCAGAUGCCGCUCAAGGACGACCACGCUUCCCGGCCCCUGUGGGUGGCUCCCGAUGGCCACAUCUUCCUGGAAGCCUUCUCACCGGUGUACAAAUACGCGCAGGACUUCCUAGUGGCCAUUGCAGAGCCAGUGUGCCGGCCCACCCACGUGCAUGAGUACAAACUCACGGCCUACUCCCUGUAUGCCGCCGUCAGCGUCGGGCUGCAGACCAGCGAUAUCACCGAGUACCUGCGCAAGCUCAGCAAGACCGGAGUCCCCGAUGGGAUUAUUCAGUUUAUUAAGCUGUGCACUGUUAGCUACGGGAAGGUCAAGCUGGUCCUGAAGCACAACAGGUACUUUGUUGAGAGCUCCCACCCCGAUGUCAUCCAGCAUCUCCUUCAGGACCCGGUGAUCCGGGAGUGCCGCCUGCGGAAUGCCGAGGGGGAGGCUGCCGAGCUCAUCACGGAGACAUUUACCAGCAAGUCCGCUAUCUCGAAGGCUGUUGAAGGUGGCGGCGGGCCCUCCACUUCCCGGGUGGGCGACGCACAGGGUAAAUCGGACAUCCCCACAGACCUGUUUGACUUCUAUGAGCAAAUGGACAAGGAUGAGGAGGAAGAGGAGGAGACACAGACAGUGUCCUUUGAAGUCAAGCAGGAGAUGAUUGAAGAGCUGCAGAAGCGCUGCAUCCACCUGGAGUACCCGCUGCUGGCGGAGUACGACUUCCGGAAUGACUCGGUCAACCCCGAUAUCAACAUCGACCUGAAACCCACGGCCGUGCUCAGACCCUAUCAGGAGAAGAGCUUGCGGAAGAUGUUUGGGAACGGGCGGGCACGCUCCGGGGUCAUCGUUCUUCCGUGUGGUGCUGGGAAGUCGCUGGUGGGUGUGACGGCUGCGUGCACUGUCAGAAAGCGCUGCCUGGUGCUGGGAAACUCGGCUGUGUCCGUGGAACAAUGGAAAGCCCAGUUCAAGAUGUGGUCCACCAUCGAUGACAGCCAGAUUUGCCGCUUCACCUCCGACGCCAAGGACAAGCCCAUAGGCUGCUCCGUUGCCAUCAGCACGUACUCCAUGCUGGGCCACACCUCCAAAAGGUCUUGGGAGGCCGAGCGUGUCAUGGAAUGGCUGCGGACCCAGGAGUGGGGCCUCAUGAUCCUGGAUGAGGUGCACACCAUCCCAGCCAAGAUGUUCCGACGAGUGCUCACCAUCGUGCAGGCACACUGCAAGCUGGGCUUGACCGCAACCCUCGUCCGGGAGGAUGACAAGAUCGUUGACUUGAAUUUUCUGAUUGGGCCUAAGCUCUAUGAGGCUAACUGGAUGGAGCUGGAGAACAAUGGUUACAUCGCCAAAGUCCAGUGUGCCGAGGUUUGGUGCCCGAUGUCUCCUGAAUUUUACCGCGAGUAUGUUGCGAUUAAGACCAAGAAGCGGAUCUUGCUGUACACCAUGAACCCCAACAAGUUCCGGGCUUGCCAAUUUCUGAUCAAGUUUCACGAAAGGAGGAAUGACAAGAUUAUUGUGUUUGCGGACAAUGUGUUUGCCCUCAAGGAGUACGCCAUCCGGCUGAACAAGCCCUAUAUUUACGGACCCACCUCCCAGGGGGAAAGGAUGCAGAUUCUGCAGAACUUCAAGCACAAUCCCAAAAUCAACACCAUCUUCAUAUCCAAGGUGGGUGACACAUCAUUUGACCUGCCGGAAGCCAACGUCCUCAUCCAGAUUUCCUCCCACGGGGGCUCCAGGCGGCAGGAGGCCCAGAGGCUUGGGAGGGUGCUCCGAGCUAAAAAAGGUAUGGUCGCAGAGGAAUACAAUGCUUUCUUCUACUCGCUGGUGUCUCAGGACACACAGGAAAUGGCAUAUUCGACCAAGCGGCAGAGGUUCCUGGUGGACCAAGGAUAUAGCUUCAAGGUGAUCACGAAGCUGGCAGGCAUGGAAGAGGAGGAGUUGGCAUUUUCCACCAAGGAGGAGCAGCAGCAGCUCUUACAGAAGGUCCUGGCUGCCAGUGACCUGGACGCCGAGGAGGAGGUAGUGGCGGGAGAGUUCGGAACCAAGUCCAGCCAGGCGUCUCGCCGUGUCGGCAGCAUGAGCUCCAUGUCCGGGGCGGAUGACACCAUCUACAUGGAGUACCAAUCCUCGCGCAGCAAGGCCACCACCAAGCAUGUGCACCCACUCUUCAAGCGUUUCCGGAAGUGAUCAGCGUGGCCCGAGCCUUUGGGGUUAACGCAGUGGCAGGAACUCUGGUGUAUGUACAGAUAUUUGGUAUGUGAGGGAUGAUAUUUAUCUCCGUGUCCUGCGGAAGCAUAAACAGUGUUUUU